AUGACCGCUGAUUCUUCUUUUCCUGAUACCAAGGAUGCAUCAUCAUCGUCACGACAAAGAAGGGUAUCAGAAAGCCCUGUCAUACGCCGUCUUCGUGUCAAGUCAUCUGAAGGUACUCCUCCUCCACCGGCUAUCGACUUUUCGAACCUAAGGUUAGACAAUGGCACCAUUGUCAGUACAAAAGAGCGCGUCAUUACAGAAGUGCCUGCACCUGCUGUAUGUGAACCGACCGACGAGCAAUUCUGGAGUUCAGAGCGUCCAGGCUAUCCCGACCUUGAGUUCUUGAAGAGACAUCUUUAUUGUGAAGGACGACUAUCCGAGGAACAAGCCAUUUACAUUAUCAACAAGGCAACUGACAUUUUCAAACAAGAACCCAAUUUGUUACAUGUGGCGGCACCCAUCACAGUGUGCGGAGAUAUCCAUGGCCAAUAUUAUGAUCUUAUGAAGCUGUUUGAGAUUGGCGGUGAUCCAUCAUGUACAAGGUACCUAUUCUUGGGUGAUUACGUGGAUCGAGGCUACUUUUCUAUCGAGUGCGUGCUUUAUCUUUGGGCAUUGAAAAUGUGGUACCCCACAUCGCUAUUCCUAUUACGUGGUAACCAUGAAUGCAGACAUCUUACGGACUACUUUACGUUCAAAAUUGAAUGCGAGCACAAGUAUAGUGAGAAUGUUUAUGAUGCAUGCAUGGAAUCUUUUUGUGCCCUCCCAUUGGCAGCUGUCAUGAACAAGCAGUUUUUAUGUGUGCAUGGUGGAUUAUCACCUGAACUGGUCACUUUGGAUGAUUUCAGCACCAUCAAUCGAUUCCGUGAACCACCCACGCAAGGAAUGAUGUGUGAUUUGCUUUGGGCCGAUCCUAUUGAUAACUUUGGUUCUGAAACGGGACGCGAUCUUUUUGUGCAUAACCAUGUACGAGGAUGUUCAUACUUUUACACCUAUGCAGCCACCUGUGCAUUCCUGGAACGCAAUGGUCUGUUAUCGGUGAUACGAGCCCAUGAAGCUCAAGAUGCAGGAUACCGAAUGUAUCGAAAAAACAAGACCACAUCCUUUCCUGCCGUCAUCACGAUCUUUUCAGCACCCAACUACUUGGACAUUUAUAAUAACAAGGCGGCUGUUCUCAAGUAUGAAAACGACGUCAUGAAUAUCCGGCAAUUCAAUUGUACACCCCAUCCCUUUUGGCUGCCCAAUUUCAUGGAUGUGUUUAAGUGGAGUCUUCCAUUUGUGGGUGAAAAGAUUACCGAUAUGAUGAUUGCUAUUCUAAACAUUUGCAGCCAUGAAGAGCUCUCCAAUGAAGAACACCGCAAGUCUUUGGAUGGUCCAUCUAUUAUAUCCAACAACGAGGAAAUCGAUCAACGUCGCAUUGUGAUCAAGAACAAGAUCAUAGCUGUGGGCAAAAUGUCACGUGUAUUCUCCAUUUUGCGUGAAAACUCGGAACAAGUCAUGGAGCUUAAAGCUGUUUCGCCCACAGGAAAACUGCCUCUGGGUACAUUAGCACUUGGCAUGGAGGGCAUCAAGUCGGCCAUCACGUCAUUUGAGGAAGCAAAGCAAUCGGAUAGGGAGAAUGAACGCUUCCCACCCUCUCGUGAAAGCAAAGAAGCCAUGUUGAAAGAGGAGACAACCAACAAGAUCAGAGAUGCCGUUGAGGAGGAGGAUACAGAAAUGGUCAAGUUGGCGGAUGCAUUGGCUAGUGAUCCAGACUUGUGCGAUCAUCAAAAUCCUGAACAAUCGAGUACAUAG